AUGCGCACAGCCGGCGCUGUCGCUCAGAACAUUGCAGCCGGCAGCGAUACCCAAGUUUUGCUUUCGACUGCCAGUGACACUCCGAAGUUGCAACGAGAUUGCCUCUCUAUCUUGGAAUCCGUCUACCAGCUCAGGCACUUCAAAGCCUCUGAUGUGCACUCGAGCGAUUGCGGGCUGUUGAAGGUUGAAUCCGGUCUCUACCCAUGGCCCAUCCUGUGGGGUGGGACAUUUAAAGAAAUCGCCCAGAGGUGCUGGGAAAGUCCUGAUCGAGUGAUUGAAGAAAGCGCUGCGCUAGCUGCGCGAGUUGGCCUUCUGGAUGCAAAGGACCCAGACGAAUUUGUCCGUGAAUUCUGCAAAGUGGACGCUUGGCCACCUGAGCCCGGUGAAGCUUUCUGGACCUCUGUCACCUCCUGGAGCUUCAGCGACCAAUCCUUCUGGCGCGGCAAAGCCAUAGCAAUGUCGGAGGUCAUGACCUUUGCCCGCUCCAUCGCAUCAAGCCGUUUUCGUGAGGGAGAAACUGUGACGGUGAGAUUGCCUGUUGACGGCCUCAAGCCCGUCAACCUGGCCAUCAACUGCCUGCGAUUCCAGGAUGGCUCACAGAAAUGUUUGGGCGCCUUCAUGACUUGGCUGUGCUUGAUGUUGGCUUCGAAGUUGGAGCCCGAUGAUUCUGAAGUGACCAAAGGGCCAGUUGUGACCCUAGCAUCUUCUUUGCUUCGGUUGAGAACAAUUGUGAAGGGGUCUAUGGCAGCUGCCGAUGAAAUUGACAGCACGAUUCAUCAAAUCGUGAAGCAAAACAUUGACAGCAAGGUACAGCCAGUUUCUUCACUGACGUGGGCGUCGAUCUUGAGUGCUGUCUCCGACGCUGCCAACUUUGACCAAUGCAUGGAGAAAUACAAUCGGCACCCGGAAGUGCAAUCUUUCGAGGCCACCAACAGCUCUCCUAUCUCAUUGGACAACAAGAAGCGCCAGGCUGUACGAGGCCUGCUGGAAGCCACUUCGCCGGCUGCCUUCGAUGUCCUUACGCAAUCCACACAUGAUGCAGCGUGGGCGCAAGGGCCCUUUGGUGAGGCCUUUGUUGCUUUGCCUUUCAUCUAUUUAGGGUCAGUGGGCAAAUUGGAGAAGGAAAUUGGUGGUCCAAACGCAUGCCUUGAGUCCAUGCCCAACGAGCCCUACGUGACCUUGGAUUGGUCUUUGCCAAUGAGCGAGAAGGGCCAGAUUUACUUCUUCAACCGGGUCCGGUCAUCCUUUGACCGCCUCACUCUCACAGUGAGCUUGGCCCAAAAGAAACGCUACCGACAGUCGCCAGAGGAGUUGAUGCAAACCAGAAACCUGGUGGUCCUGUUCUCACAGAUUGUGGACCACAUGCAGACUCGACUACCACCAGACGAAAUUGCGAAAUGGAUCAAAGAGGUCCAAUGUGGACCUGGGCGUGACGAAGACCUGUUGCACUUGAUCCACAUGCGCCCUGCAACUUUCAGCCUGUCUAUGCUUCUCUCACGCCAGAAUCAGGCGAGGCAAGAUUUGCACGAGUUGGAGUUGAAAAAGGUUGAGGCAGUGGAGAUUCAGCGGCAAGAAGUCACUGCUGCGCAAUGGAAGUUCUUUCAGUCUGCGCUGCAGUCAGACCAAGCUAUCAUCGACAGAGCUCGUCAGGCGCCAAAGCUGGAUGCCUACAUGAGAGUGGUGCAGGUUGACAAGAUCGAGCUUGCCCAGCAAGAAAUCUCGAAGAUGAAGAUGGAGAUUGCAACAUCUUGUGGAGUUGGUUUGGACAGUGUGGCAUGCCUGGGCAUUUGUGACUUCAACAUGCCAACAGCUCGCCAGAAGCAGGUUUGUGGGAACCUCAUCGAGGGAAUUUCGAUCAUCAACAGCUCUGGAAAUCCAUCCUUGAAUUCGACGCUGGCCAUUUUUCCGGAUUACGCGAGGGACUCAUGCCCUCAUGGACUAUAUGAUGAGGAGAAGGCUAUCAUCGAGGGAUGUUUUGGGCUGCGGAUGCAUUUGGACACAAGAUUCAUAGACCUCCACACUCCGCAGCAACGAUCCGAGGGAAAGUCAAGCAUGCGAAGGUUCAGCCAAGGAAGAGUCAUUGUGAACCAAGACACUGUUGCAGCCAACAUUUGGAUGAACUCCGAGUUGAGUGUUUUCGGUCGGCCAAUCAAUGCUGAUGAGCAGUCGGCUGGUGCUCCCACCACAUUGCUGCCAAAGUCCAGCUCGUUGGUGCUGCCCGAGGGAAGUUCGCCCAACUCGGACCUGAAAAUCUCAGAGCGAGUGAGACCAAGUGUUGAGCAGCAGAGCGCCCAGAAGGGUGUUUGUCGUUUUCAGGCGCUCAUUGAAUCAAUGGUGAAGCUAGUCCCGGUUCCUGGCCCUUUGCUCAUCGUGAACAUCACAGGCUAUGUCGAAGAGUGCGCUGCUGCAGCCUUGAACAUCAGAAUCAAGGGGAUGAACGACCCUACCAACUGCAAGUUGGACCCCGCCAAGCUUUACUAUUUGAGCCUUCACUCCACCCAGUCCAGCAGUGGCGUGUCGUACGCCAAAAGCAGAGUUAGCAGGGACAUUUUGGAUGCCUGGUUGGGCAAACGCUUGAGCUUUGAUGGCAAGCGCUUUGAUGAUUCAGCGGCAAAGUACCUCAAUGCCUUGGCCACCGUGAUCGCUGAAAGUUCAACCUCUCCGGCAUCGACUGCAGCUGCUGUAGUGGAGGCUGAAGAUCCUGUGGCCGAUGAUACGGCUGCGCCUGAUGCUUCACCGGCCCCAGACCCGGUGGUAUUUACUUCUGAAGAGGAGUUGAAGAAGGCCGACCAAAUCAAAGAGCGCUGCGCUUCGGAGAUUGCUGGAGUAGAGCUGCUACGUGGUGAAAGUGGCAAGCUCUAUAUUCUUUGCGAGAAGAACAAAGUCUUGUGCAAAUGGAGCGUGCUCGGAGGGUAUGGAACUGGCAAGUUUGUGCCAGAGGGAGAUGCUGCCGAGGGAGUGCUUCUGUCGUGGCCAAAGGGCGACUCCACCUUGAUCCAGCUGGAUCAUUCUUCGAUCCAGCCUGACCAGAACCAUUUCGAGGUGAUGAGCGUCUACAGAAUGCUGGUUCUGCUGGAGAAGACAAAGAAAGUCACAUCAUACCGCAUCUCCUACUCGACAUGCAGCCGAGAAGAUCCUGGAGUAGCAUCGUCCAGGGACAGCUUCAAACUGACCAUCCAAGACAGCCACAAGUAUCGCUGCUUGGAAACUCCUGACGGCAAGAAGUGCACAUGCAAGAGCUGGUUCAGUAAGUCCGUCAAGCAGGUGGCGUCCAGUGAAUUUAUUGAGAGCCUGUUCCGCUUCAGAUUUGAACGGGUUCACAGCAACAUCAAGGUGCAAAAACCUUAUGUCAUUUUGAGCAGUGCCCUUGAGCUGAAAGGAGGCUGCCCUGUCCAAAUUGCUUAG